AUGAAGAAGGCCUUCCCUGCGAAACAUCCGGGGAAUUGCACAUCAAAAUCCGUGAGCAUACGCGUUCUGUUACGUUCUAUUAACCAACCACCGGGAAACGUAAAUGAAUACCAGGCGACAGUCAGCAAUUUGGCAAUGACUGUGUGCACUAGACACUGGAUUAGGGAACAUUUGGAAAAUGUGGACAUCCUGAAACGGGGUUUAAUAUUCACAUCACGGCUACUGGUGGCCGAGGAGGUGGAAAUCGCCAAGCAUCCCAGCGUACAUAGAAUAGCGUGA